AUGGCAGAAGUUAGUUUUAAAGAAAGUGAUAUUUUAAAAAAAUAUAAAGAAACCCAUAAAGCAGGCUAUGAUGAAAUAAUUGAAAAACCAAAAGCAGUUGUUUUUUUUGACUUUAUUAAAGAUUUUGGUGUUAUAGUUGGUGGAAUUAUUGGUUCAAUCCCAAUUAUUGGUUCAGGAGCUAGUGCAGUUUUUAAUGUUUUGUAUGAUCAUUUUGCUGUAGACCCAAGUUCUGGAGAGGUAAUUAGAUUUGUUACACCUGAAGAAUUUGAAAGUAGACUAAACUCUUUUCGUCGUCAAAUGGAAGAUUUUGUAAAUCAAAAGUUGGAUCAAACAUAUGUUAGUAUAGCAAAUUCACACCAUAGAGCAUUACAAAAAAUUUUAAAUCGUUACCAUGAAUUAAUUGUUACUUUUGAAAAUAAUUUUGGUGUUCCAAUUUCAAGUUUAGGACAGUAUGGUAUUAAUGUUAAAAAUUAUAAAAAUUUCAAACCAUCUGAAGAUAUACCAGAAGGUAAAGAGGAAUUACAACAAAUGAUAAGAAGUCAAUAUUUGGACGUAAUGAAUAAAAUUGAUGAAUGCAUUGAAUUUUUUACAGGUGGCUCAAGAGAACAAAAUUUAUUAUUACGUGGUAAUUAUGUAAUUACAAUUUUAUGGUUCAUUACAUUACAACGUGAUGUUUAUGCUAUUGGUGAGAGAUGGGAUUUCCCACCACAACUUAGAGAUCAAGUUAAAGAUUCAAUUUCUGUUAAAAUUGAUGAAUGCUAUAAACAUCUUACUACUGUUACCGAUCGUGAUCAGUUCAGAGCAGAUACAGAUUAUGAUAAUAAGGAUUUGUUAAGAAUCUAUAGUCGUUUCACAUUUUUAGAUUUAAAUCUAUAUAAAGAAAACUUCCACAGACCAGUUCUUAACCGUGACACAAAAGUAGUUGAAAUUGGUUCAAAGUAUGAUAAUUUCCCACUUUAUCUAGUUAAUCAUGGUGUUCUUGACAUGAGAUUACCUCCAUAUGAAAUUGAUCAUCCUGCAGAAAAUCUUGGCUUUGCCGUAUAUGAUUUUAUCAAUGAUGGUGUAUUAUGGUUAAAUUUUUCAUUGUUAUUAGACUUUGGAUACAAAGUUUCAAGACCAACACGUUCAUUUAAAAAAGUUACAAUGGAAAUUAGAAUAAAUGAUUACGAAAAUCCUAAUGAUUUUAGUGUUACUGUUGACUCAACUACAAAAGCAAGCAAAGAUAUGGAAAAAUUAACUUUUAGAUCUUUUGCCCAGUACAGACUUUUUGUCGAACAAGAUUUUGGUAGGGUUUACAAAUGCACAUUUGAUUUUUCACAAGAGAAAACAAGUUUUGAUGUAAGUUUCCAAUCACUUGAACCAUAUAUGAAUCAACUUAAUUGUGUUCACUAUAGAUUAGAAUAG